AUGACGAUGCCGUUCAGCCCCCUGUCCAGCGACGAGGAGCACCAAAGGAUGCUGGGAAACAAUCGACAUCUCUAUCCAGGGGCAGAGAACGAGGAAGAGGAGGAGGAAGAGGAGGAGGAGGAAAUGGAGGAAGAGGAGCGUGAGGAAGACCAGGAGGAGGAGAAUGGCGAGCUGGAGGGGGAAGAGGAAGACUAUGAAGCGGAGGUGGUGGAGGAGGUCAGGCGAGGCGGCGUGUCGAGGGCAGGCAGGGCUGAGGGACACAGGCAGUCAGGUAAAGUGGCCGGACGACCCGCGGACGACAGACAGGUCCGGACAGGGAACCCUGGACACACCGCAAACCCCUACUCGUCCAAUCCGGGACCCACGCACCAACCGCCAGCCAAUCACGUUCAGCCGCAGCAGCCGCCGCAGCAGAGGAGGCUGAAGGAGCGCAGCACCGGCUCCCUUCCAUCUGAAGACACCCACAUUGCUAUGAUGGUGUUCCGCAUUGGCAUCCCAGACAUAAAGCAAACGAAAUGUUUGCGCUUUAACCCAGAGGCCACGGUGUGGAAGGCCAAGCAGCAGGUGCUGUGCUCCCUGACCGAAUCUCUGCGGGACGUCCUGAACUAUGGUCUGUUCCAGCCCGCCACUGAUGGUCAUGAUGCCAAAUUCCUGGAGGAGGAGAGGCUGCUCAGAGAGUACCCACAGUCCUUUGAAAAAGGGGUACCAUAUUUAGAGUUUCGAUACAAGACCAGGGUGUACAAACAGACCAAUCUGGAUGAGAAGCAACUAGCCAAACUGCACACCAAGGCUAGUCUGAAGAAAUUCAUGGAUUAUAUCCAAACCAGCGCUGUGGACAAGAUGACGAAGUUCUUAGACAAAGGCCUCGAUCCCAACUAUCAGGACCCUGACACCGGCGAGACGGCUCUGUCCCUGGCGGUGCAGUGUGAGCCGGGUGGAGGGGAGUCCAUCCGGGUCCUGGUGGAGGGGGGGGCUCACAUUGACUUCCGUGCCAAAGAUGGACUCACACCCUUACACAAAGCUGUGCGAGGCCACCGCCAUACAGCCCUGCUGGUCCUGCUGUCCCUGGGUGCGUCUGCAGACUAUAAGGACCGGCGAGGGCUGACACCGCUCUAUCACACUGUGCUGACGGGGGGGGACACCUCCUGCUGUGAAACACUGCUCUACCACCACGCCAAACUGGGCAUCAGGGACGAGAACGGCUGGGACGAGACACAUCAGGCCUGUCAAAAUGGUAACUCGCAGCAUCUGGAGCACCUCCUCUUCUAUGGGGCAGAUUCUUCCUCCCAGAAUGCCUCUGGAAACACUGCCUUGCACAUCUGUGCUUUAUACAACAAGGAAAGCUGUUCGCGAAUUCUGCUCUACAGGGGAGCAAAUAAGGACACAAAGAACAAUAGUGGGCAGACCGCUUUUCAGGUGGCUGUUAUGUCAGGCAAUUUUGAGCUGGGAGAAAUCAUCAAAAACCACCGGGACACAGAUGUGGUUCCCUUUGUGGAAUCUCCAAAGUACGCCCCGCAGAGGCGAGAGAGCACCCGUACCCUGACGAUACCCCACCCUCACCCCUUCCUCCGAGCAAACAGUGACAGCAGUAUGAACCUCCCAGACUGGAUGGCAGUGCCCAAUGCCCCAGGGACCAAUAUUGUCUCUGUGCAGGGCUAUAAGCAUACAGGAACCCUGCGGAGCUCCAGCAGUCCCAGAGGGGCGAGGACGCGCUCCCCGUCCCGAGGAAGAAUCGGAGACAAGGAGGACCGGAGCAGGCAGAGUCGGAGACAGGGGCCUGCCCCUGCCACCACGGCUGCACAGACCGCAGGCCAGCGGAGACGCCUUUACAGCGCUGUCCCAGGCCGAGUCUUUGUAGCUACUCGAUCACAUUCUGCCCAGGGAGAGCGGGAAAUCAGCUUUAAUAAGGGUGAAAGGGUCAAAGUGUUGAGUGUUGGCGAGGGCGGGUACUGGGAGGGGACAGUCAGGGGGCGCACAGGCUGGUUCCCCUCUGACUGUGUGGAGGAAGUGAUGCUUCGAAGCCAAGACAACCGAUCAGAGAGUCGUGGAGAGCGGGCCAAAAGGCUGUUCCGUCAUUACACGGUGGGAUCCUAUGACAGCUUUGAUGCUCCCAGAGAUGAGAGCUCUGAGCUGAUGGUUCAGAUCUCUGUCAUUGCCGCAGUUGCACGGAUCAAACUGUACACAAUCUUUACAUGCAGCUGCUCCUUCCCCAGCCCGCAGGAGACCAGUACUCUGCUAACAGCGGGUCAAAUGAGGACGAGAGGAGGAGGAGAGGGAGGGGAGGCAAUGGCGAUGGGGGCAUGCGGCGAGGAGGAUCUCUCCCUCUCCCUCUCCCUCUCUUCUUCCUGGCCGUCGCUCGGCCCUGUGAAUAGGAGCGUCUGGUUCAUUUACAGUGACUACAUAAUAAAGGAGAAGACAGUGCUUCUACAGAAAAAGGACAGCGAGGGUUUCGGCUUUGUGCUAAGAGGGGCCAAAGCUCAGACUCCUAUCGAGGAGUUCACCCCCACCCCGGCUUUCCCUGCUCUGCAGUACCUGGAGUCUGUGGACGAGGGAGGGGUCGCCUGGAGAGCCGGGCUCAGGAUGGGGGAUUUCCUGAUAGAGGUCAAUGGUCAGAAUGUGGUGAAGGUCGGUCACCGACAGGUCGUCAACAUGAUCCGGCAGGGGGGAAACAGCCUUAUGGUGAAAGUUGUCAUGGUAACCCGCAACCCCGACAUGGAGGAGGGUUCGAGGAAGAAAAUCCCCCAGCAGAGCAAGAGGCUGAGCACCCCCGCUAUCGCCCUACGAUCCAAAUCCAUGACUUCAGAACUGGAGGAGAUGGUAGAGAGAGCUGCUACCCCUUGGAAAAAAAAAUCAGAAUUCGAAUCCUCCCAAGUCACAGAGAAGAAGAGGACAGUCUAUCAGAUGGCUUUGAAUAAACUAGAUGAAAUUCUUGCAGCAGCUCAGCAGACCAUAAGCACCAAUGAAGCACCAGGGACACGGGGACAGGGGCCAAAAAGAGACAGAGGACGAAGUUUCUAUGGCAAUGAGCCAAACUACGGGGAUCAGUCUGGGAUGGGGAUGAUGUCGUCUGGGUUGGGCCUCGGCUAUGAACGUGGCCAGUUCACCUCAGGUCACGGCCCACCGCACGGUAUGCUGCGGCAGAAGUCCAUCGGGGCGGUUGAGGACGAAAGGCAGUUCCUGCAUCCUCCAGCCAUGAAGUUUGCUCGCAGUCUGUCAGUGCCCGGCCCAGAUGAAAUCCCCCCUCCUCCCACCACAGCACCACCAGAACCUCCAUUCUCCUCUGCUCCGCCACUUGGUUGGAGAGCAAAGUCCUCCCAGCAGCCCUCUGUCUCUGUGUCCCAGUCCACAGCCACCUCUGCACACUACCAGCCCUACUCCCAGCCAGUGCACUUCACCCACGGGGGCAGGGAAAGGACAGGGGGUCCCAGCACUGGCCCCAGUGGUGGAGCAGUGGACCACACCACCUCAUAUGCACACGCAGCUGCCCAUACUGCUCAAAGCAGGACUGCUUCGAGGAAAGUUGCCUAUACUGGAGAGCCUGGUGGAGCUGGGUCAGGGGCUGGUGGAGGGGCUGGAGGAGGGGCCAAGGCAGCAGGUCUUAGAAGAGGCUACAGCACAGCGGUCCCCCCCUCCAGCAUUGCCACUGUAAUGCCCCAGCAACAGCAGCCUGCCCAGAGCCAAUCCCAUCGCGCAGAGCGCAGUGCAGCUGGAGCAGGCGGUCCUAAAGGAGGGGCCCGGAGAGGUAAAGGCCCCCUGAUGAAGCAAUCCAAGGUAGAAGACCUGCGCUUGAGCCAGGGUACACUGGGGGGUAAAGGCACAGUGGAGAAAAGCUCCAUCCCCAUCCCCACAAUAAUUGUCAAGGCCCCUUCAACCAGCAGCAGUGGGCGCAGCAGCCAAGGCAGCAGUGUGGAGGCCGAUGUUCUUGCAUCAGGGGAGGCAGAUGAAGCCAAAACAGCUCAUGGUCCUCCCCCCUCCAGUCCUGCUCCGCAGCCCCCUGCCCCACCUUCCAUCCCAGCACCGCCGCCUCCAUCCUUACCCUCAAUGCGUGCCCAGGAUAAUAUGGACUACACUAGCCAGUUUGGUGCUGCCAUUGUUGGCGCUGCUCGCCGAGACAGGGAACGGUUUCAUGAACUCCGCCGAAAGGGUUCCUCAAUGUUCAUGUCUGCUGAUGAGGACGUGAUUCUUGGGGGGGGGAGUGAUGGCAUUUCAAGGACUCAAGUGUCGCAGCAACAGCUUAGCACACAGGCUGAAAGCUCAUCAACACGGCUGCGCCCCUCCAAGUCUAUUGAUGAGGGCAUGUUCUCUGGGGACAGCUUUAUCCAUCACACCCGCAGUAUGCCUCCAGCCUUUGACCUACCUGAGUACUCCUCAGCUGCCCAGGACUAUCAGCCCAAAUCUGUACCUACUGACCUUUACACUGGCAGGCAGUCCGCAUCCUCGAGUAAAACCACCUUCAUUCACCCUCUAACAGGAAAGGCUCUUGACCCCACAUCGCCACUAGGUCUCGCCCUCGCUGCGAGAGAGCGUGCUCUGAGGGAUGACAGCAGGUUAAGGAGGGGAACAGAGCCCCACUUCACCCGCCAGAUGUCGAGUGGGGGGUUUCCUUCUUCUUCUGUCACCUCUCAGCCAGUGUCUUCCACCGCCCAGUCCUCCAGCUCCUCGUACCUGGUCACCUCAUCUUCUUUGGCUGCUACCACGGCCACUGUUGGCCGCCCACCCUCACCCAGAAUCCUCAGAGGAGUCGGGAGUGUGUGGAAUGAGGAAGGCGGUGGAGGAGAGAGAGAGCGGGAAGGAGGAGGGGCACGUGAGGGGCUAAGAGUUCGCUUUUCUGAAGAUAAAACGGUCCACACACACCACUACCAGUCUCAGCCGUUUCAGCCAUCCUACAAGGAGAGGGAGCGGGAGAGGUCGAGGGAGCGGGAGAGGUCGAGAGAGAGAGAGAGGGAACAAGAGAGGGAGGGUUACUUAAGGAGGGCAGAGCAGGCUGCUGAUAGUGCUGCUCAACAGGGGUCCCAGCAGCCUCAGAGACCCUCUUUUCUCAGGAUGGAAAGUCAAGCUGAUGCCUAUAUCUUGUCCCUCACCCCUCCCUCUCCUCCCCCUACCGGUACUCAGCAGACAGCCAACAGUACUGGGAGCACUGGGUCUGGUUUGAUGGUUCUUCCUCCCCCUGCCCCUUCAAUUGAUGCGGACGAUGAGUUUGUCUACGCAGACCCUCUCCCACCUCCGUUACAGUUUGCUAACAGCUUCGACAGGGGGAUGGGGGGAAUGUCAGGGUACUCGCAACACGGGAUGCGCCCCAACAGCCUGCUUUCCCGCCAACAGCAGGUCCCGCCCCCUCCACCUCCACCUCCUCCACCACCACCGCCUCCAACAACCCAAAAAGAGUCAUUUAUAGGUGGGUUUCCUGCUCACACACCCCUGCCCUCACCUCAGGCAGGGGACUCCACUGCCUCCAGCCUCACAUCGUAUGACAGCGAGGUGGCUAACCUGACUCAGUCCGCUCACUCCCCCUCCCAAACCUCACCCAACCCUCUGCCCUCUCACUCGCCCUCUACCCUGCAGCCCACCUCAGCAUCGGGACCUCCGCCUCCCCCCUCAGUCUCGCCACCGCCUCCUCCUGGGUCCUAUCACAGACCCUUCUCUAUGUCCCACCCCCACCACCUUUACAACAGCUCUCACACGCCUGGGCGCUCCCCCACGCCUCCCCCACACACAGUCACGCCCCCGCCGGCCUACCGUGGUCCCCAAGCCCCCUCCUCCACUGCUGCCACGCCCGCUCCACAUAGGGGCGCUGCCUCACAUGCCAUGACCGCUAGCUGUGCCGCUACAACCACCGCUGCUGCCACCACAACAAGCACCUCCACUCAGCUCUACCAGGAGCGCACACACACCACACACACAACAUCUUCCACUGCCAUUAGUCGCAAGACAGGGGAGCACCACCGUCCCCCCCCCACUACCAAGAAAGGAGAGUCCCUGGAGACGGUAGUGGACUCUGGGAUUGAAGAGCUGGACAGCCGCAGCAGCAGUGACCACCACCUGGACAGCAUCCUGGCCGGGGUCCGGGGAGACAGGCUGGACCGUGGGGAGAGGGGAGGACGGGGUGGGACGGGGGAAUCAGAAAGGGGAGGAGAUUUCCUGGAGUCUUACAUGAGCUAUCUGGACGGACAAUCUUUUGAGAUGCAGAAUGCGACAGCAGCCACCUCCACCUACCCGAAAAGCAACAGGUUCAGAGAGGGAGGUCGCACCAGUGACAUCCACAGGCAGACCAGCACUGCUCCCACAUCCUUCCACUCCCACAGACAAAGGGAGGAGCAGACGGAGGACGAGGCUGAUGACGGAGUGGAUGAAGGUGGCAGGGAUCGGUAUGGGUCGAGGGACAUGCAUUUGGGACGUCCCGUUUCACCGUACUUUGAUCGCCCUCGCACCCCUGAGAUGAAGCCUCUCUGGGACGAGGGGCAAAUGGCCGGUGACCAAUCUGCAGCACUUUUAGAGGGGAAGAAGAUUUACCCUCCUGCAUCCAGUAUGAAGCCAAGCAUCAUAAAUGAGCUGAACAGUAAACUGCAGCAAAGAACCAAGGAGACCUGGAGCAGCCAGAGAGCGCUGAGCAGACACAGAAGCAGAAACAGAUUUUCAGAAGACUCCGCCUCAGCUCUGAGCCCCCCCUCAGCUCGAUCCACGUCACCGUCUCCGAUUUCAUUAUCGCAGCCAUCAUUGUCCCCGUCCCCGACCCCGACCCCGACCCGUACUUCCCAGUACCCUAACUGGGGACGUUCCCCAUCUCCUCAACCUCAAGUUGCCUCUCAGCCUCCACGUUCCCAAUCCCCCCUGUCCCCAACAGGUUAUGCCCCUUACCCAACUUCCCCCAAACACAGACCUGUGUACCGGACCAAAGCACUAGAAUUUCAGUUCAUCCCGAGUCGAGAGUCCCGUAAAGCAGAGUCACACAUGAUGCAGCGUAGGCGAGCACCCAGCCCCCUCAUCUCCCCCUCAGAGAGGCCCAAGGUGGGUCCACCACGGCCAUCUUCCCUCCCGCUGCUCCCUACCACUCCUCUCUACAGUGCUAUGUACGACCUCCGAGGUUCAGUUACCCCACCAUCACCUGGAAACCCUCUUGGAGAUCCUUACUUCUCGCCUUCUCCUCCCCUGUUUGCCCCCUCUGGUGCCCCUCCUCCUCCAAACAACGCUUUAGUUGUUUCUCGCUCCCUCUCCCCAACUCACUUCCUGUCGGGGACCUCUUCUCCGCCCAUGCAUCCUCACCCUCCACCUACAUGCCUGAGUUAUCCCCAUCUACCGCCCCCUUCCCCUACAAAGCCUUUUGCCGCCAAGCCGCUGCCCUACUGGACCAAGUACGACGUUGCAGACUGGUUAGGAUACCUGAACCUGGGAGAGCACAGAGAUCGUUUCCUGGACAACGAAAUUGACGGCUCCCACCUGCCCUCCCUAACGAAGGACGACUUUCUGGAUCUGGGUGUAACACGUGUCGGCCACCGCAUGAAUAUAGAGCGUGCCCUGAGGACCGUAAUGGACAGGCUAUCCAGCAGCCCAUUUCCCAUUUCUGUUCUCUCACCUCGGGAUGGACAGACUGACAGGAGGAGGGACGAUGGGAGUCGGAGCUGAGGUUGCAAACGCAGAGGCAGGAGAGAGAGGAAGAAGGGAAGAAGGGUUUGAGUCAACGAGGGAGGAAGGCACAACUGCUGCUAUCCAUGGUGGAUUCACACAACAAAUUAGGGGGGAACAUAUUUACACAGAGAGCGACAAAAAGAGGGAGGCAAUUCCCAAAGGGAGAUGGAAACACAUGGAAAAAGAGCUGAUGAUCCAUAAAGAAGCCGGCUGGCGCUCCCCAGUUGUGGCACGCUGAUUUACACAAGUACACUCCCCAUAUGCAUGCACAGUCACACCCAUCAACAAACAAGUAACACAAAUACAGUUUAGUCCAAAAUGCACACGAAGACACUAUGGUGGAAGCAGAUAUAACAAGGGAAGCGAUGAAACCGAACCAAAUACUUGACAAGAACAAUCAAAAGCCUGUUACAUUUCUAGAAUAAAAUCAAGCAGGUUUUGAUGUUGCCGAGUUUGAAAAUAAGAAAAGGUGUCCGUCAGUGUGCAGCUGUUUGUUGCUCUAACCCCUCAGCCAGCUGGUUAAAUCUGUUCAGGUUUAAGAGUGGAGCCCACCAAGAACAUUUAGAGUGCAAUCAAUGACAACCCUGCCCCGUGUGAAUGGAUGUUAGUUUUAAAAUAUGUGUGAAUAUCAUUGAGGAAUGCGUAUUUGAGGGUGAGGCUGCAGGUGUGAUGCUUUGUCUAACUGCAUGGUCAACGUAGGAUGGCGCAGGGCAGUAAAUCAUGAAGACCGAUAACUGGCGUCCUUGAUUUAAAACCAAGGAUGCUGGCUUGGGUUCGGCUUUAAUUGGUUUACGUCCUGUUUUUACCUCACCGCUGGUAGGGCUCCUUCCUCACUGCAGAUCCUGUGAUCAGGAUCUGAUGUGUUUCUCUAUAGCUCUUUAUCAUCUGCAGUCUUAUAACGACAUAUAUACAGACUGGUCACUGUAUCACACAUUUGUAGCAAAAAUAAGUGCCCAGACCAACAAAAUAAUAUAAAAAAAUGUAAACACUGAUACACACACAGGCACCCGUGUUACUACUAUACACGCCUGCAUGCAUACACCAACAUGUAGACGAACACAUACCCACAAGCACUUGCAAGUGGUUGUGUUAGAGUUUAUGGGACACCUUAUAUAUAGACACACUAUAUGUUUGGAUCCGAGAUAUACUUAUACAAAAGGAGACAGACUGUGCUUUCAACGUAACAAUGUGAAGAGAUAUCCCUCGAGGAUUUUAUUUAUGGCGAAAGACUUCCUUAGCGUCGGGACAACUGUUGAACAACCAUUCAGACUUUCCGUCCGAGGGAGACUGGAAAGGAGAGGGGAGGGGAAGAGGAAAAACUGCCAUUUACUUGCUCUUUCCCAACCAAUCCCCCCUUCUCCUUCCAGGAGAGGCCCCCCCCCCCCUCUCUCGACUAAAUCCAGGAGGAAACAAACAGCCACCCGGCCGAGGAGAUCUGAGAGAAACGCUUAUAUCGAGUUUUAAUACUAUGAUUGUUCUUACAAUUUUUAAACUUUAAAUGGGAAUACUGGAAUACUGAUAUUGAUAUGAAGAGAUUUAUUAUUAGUAUAUAUCAUUACUUUCAUCGUCCUUACUGUUAUAGUUUCAGAGGGUUCCUGCUUUCUGCCUUUGGUGGCUGAUAUGGCGCUUUGGGCAGAAGGUUUAUUUUCUGACUGUGAUGAAGAAAAUUGUCUUGGUUAUAUAUAUAAAUAUAUAUGUGUAUACUAUAAAUAGGUAUUUUUGAAUUGAAGAUGCAUAUUAUUUUGUGCACGGUACCCUUAACAUUGCUUCUAUGUGAUAAGAAGCAUUGCAACUUAAUGUGAAGCACAUUUCAGAUACACUUUCUUUUUCUUUCUCCUUAGGCUACCGCUUCUCUUUUGUCAAACUGUGAGGCAUUUGACAAGGACAAUAAUGGCUUAAAAUAUAUAUUUGUUUUCUCUUUUAAAAGUUAGUCGCCACUUAAUAAUAUGCAGAUACUGAAUGUGUAGCAACUCUUACAUUAGGGAUGCCAAUACACAACAGUAAAAAUCUAUGUCAUUGUUUUUCCAAAUCAUAUUGCACUAAAUGUCUUCUAUUUCUCCAUCAGCUUCCACUGCACAUGUACAUCUCCUUACAACUUCAGUCCUGAUUUCUCACUGUUGCUGAGAUCAAAUAUAAGGGCUCUCUCAUGACUUCUCUACCUUGAACAACAGCUCACCUCUCCUGCUGCUUCGAGUCCUCAAACACAUAUCACACGUGCGUUUUACAUCGGGGUGUAGAUGGGGAGUUUCCUUACUGCUAUCUAGCCUCUCUGUUUUUGCAAAAAGAUAAAUUAGUUUUCAAAAGUGCACAUACACACAAGCACGUGAAUGAGCAAAAGUGGUUUUGUCUCCGUAAUUGCUUGGUGCUGGUGGUCAAGGAGGGAUUUUAUUUGAAUGCAGGGGAAAUGGCAAUAAGGACGAUGAAAACAAUGGUCAUCUAAUUAUGGUUCAAGAUGUACAAAAAAGUCUCAAAAGUUCUAAAGAAUCUCUGUCUUCCAAAUAAUGUUUAACAUAAAGGUACAAUGUAUUUAUUUAACUGUUGUGCUUUCUAUACAGUUUGACUUGUUCUCUACAUCUUCCACUGUUAAUGACCUGACACUAGUAUGAAGAGCUCCAGUCUGUUUCCCACCAUUUGCACCUACAUGGCAUUUUCUGCAGUCGUGCAUAUGUGCUGUCUAUGCUCACAGCUAAUUGUUUAUUACCAGCAUAUUAUGCAAUGACCCUAUUUCCAUUAGCAACUGUGGCUUUUCACAUUUCCCUUUAAAGGUUUAAAAGUGUUUUUCAUCUAAAAAGGGCGUGUUUCUGAUUGGGUGAACAAGCAGAAUGUGGCAUCCUUUCCAAACUUAUUUCAGAGCCGUGUUGUACAUGUCCCCUUCAGGUCUCUAAAACAUUUGCUAGUGAAAAUAAGGCCAAUUAAUAACUGUGGAGAAGACAUCUUGAAAUAAUCACUUACUGAUAAAAUGUUCACAUUAAGUGACAUACAAGAAACAUUUUUUUUGGAGAAUUGUCCUAAAUCCUUUCUUUGCGUUUUAAAAAUAGAUAUGGUGGCUCAUCGUUGCCGUCAGGAGAACAAGAUGAUGGAAUUGGUCUGACUCUAUAGAAAGCAUUUAUUUUCCUUUAAGAGAUCUUUUAAAAUAUGAGAAUAUGAACUGGUGAAAGGUAACUUACAGAAUAUAUAUGUAUAUGUGAUAUGCAUAUACAGUACACAUUCAUAUACACAUGAAUUUCAAAUGUUUUAAGAGAUAAUAAAUUGUUAGAAUUAUAAAGAUACA